CAUCGCCUCAGGCCAGUGCCACAGGAUCACACGCUCAAACACGGUCCCACACACACGAGGACUCACAGGCACACAGAAGCCUCGGCUCUCUGAACUGCGCAGCAAGAAUGGAGUACAGAGGAGCUCACCAAGCCUUCCGCACACGCUGGAAGAAGACGGACAUGGACCUCUGCAAGCAUAGCAUGUCCUUUGUCCUGCACAACACUCUGAGGAACGAGUUUUUCGCCAGUUACCUGUAUCUUCUGGAGCAGGUUCCCCUGGUCAAACUUUACCCUGUUACCUGUGAGUACAUUGAUGGAGAGAAGCAGUUCUAUGCACGAGCACAAGAUUUCUACAAAGACGUGGAAUCAUCAGAGGCAGGAAUGAUGGGAGAUUUUCUAGAACUCUCUCCGGUUGACAUUGAGGGCUCCAAAGAGUUCCUGAAAAAGUUUGUUGGGGGCCCUGGAAAGGCUGGAACGCAGUGUGCCCUGGACUGUGGCUGUGGGAUUGGACGGGUCACCAAGAACGUCCUCUUGCCCGUGUUUGAGACGAUGGACAUGGCUGACAUGACGGAGGAGUUCCUGCUCCAUGCGCACGAGUCUUACCUGGGCAGUGACAAUGAACGCAUUGAUAUAUAUUACUGUUACAGCCUGCAGGAGCUCACCCCCCCGCUGAACAAAUACGAUGUGAUCUGGAUGCAAUGGGUUGCAUGUCACCUCACUGACAAGGACCUGAUGGAGUUCCUGAUCAGGAGCAAAGCCAGUCUGAAGCCAAAUGGAGUCAUCAUCAUUAAGGACAACAUGGCCAGGCAAGGCUGCAAGCUGGACCCUGUUGACAGCAGCAUCAUCAGACACUUGGAUAUUAUGAAAAUCAUCAUUAAGAAAGCUGGUCUAGAGAUCUUGGGAGUGGAAAAGCAGGAGGGCUUUCCUGAACAGAUGGUGCCUAUCUGGAUGAUUGCAAUGCAGUAACAUUGUUGUCUCAGUCAUUCCCAUUGCUCCAUCAGACCAUAGCCAUUCCCUUAGUUCACAUUAAAUGUUUAGUCAGAGAUAAAGUAACUGAGGAAACUUUGAAUGUGUUCAAUCUAAAGAUGUAAAAAUAAUAUUCCCUCCACACACAUAAUACUCCAUACAGCAAAUAAAUAUGUAUGUAUGUUUCAUAGAUCAGCCCAAACCUCAGAAUACUGCCUCUACAGCAAAUUCACUUCCAUACAAGCACUAUAAUAAUGUGUUUAAUAUGAAUCUACACCAUGUAUGUCAAGUAGAUACAUGCAUUGCUGACAUGCACUUAUACCUUUCCACCACCAACCACCAAAAGAUCUUGAUGAACGUGGAACUAUAUAUUAUUUCACAAAUCAAAGACCCUUCAGCUCUACAAGGAUUGUUGUAAAUUGAAAGAUGAGGCAGCAAACUUCCUCAUUCAAAUGUGGAAUGCUAUCAUCUUCAAAAAAGGAAUGUAUUUCUUGUCGUUCAGUGACAACAUCAUUUCUUAAUUUUAUAAAAUUAUAAUUAUAUAGCACUCCCUGCCACAAACUAAUUUGCAGAUUUUAGGGAAUAUAAUUUACAUAAUUUGGAAGUUUUUCUCCCCAAUUUGGAAUGCUCAAUCCCACACAGUUAUGCUCAUGUUGGAAUCUCUGCAUUUGAUGGAGGAGAGUAUACACAAGCACACACUCGCACACGCAAUGCCACAGUUGACAAGUCAGGUUUGCACAUAUAUGAGUUGGAGGAAGACACUUCAUGUGCACCUUUUGCAUGCAGAAUAUGGGUGCCCAAUCAACCAGUCAAUAGAGAGUGAUUUUACAUUAAUGGCAUUUGGCAGACGCUCUUAUCCAGAGCGACGUACAGUUGAUUAGACUAAGCAGGAGACAAUCCUCCCCUGGAGCAAUACAGGGUUAAGAACCUUGCUCAAGGGCCCAACGGCUGUGCGGAUCUCACAUAAUUACAGAUUCUUUUUAAAUAUAAUUAUGAGUUUUUUAUUACCUUUAAUAUCACAGAGAAUGAUAUUCAAUGGUAUGACAAUGAUAUGUGAAUUUCAUUUCCUUUUGUGGUUUAUUUGUUUCAGCACUGAUAUUCCAAAAAGAUUCUGUCUUAUAUUAGAGAAGCUAUAUACAUUAUAAAAUAUUAACAACAAAA